AAACUAACCUAAAAUGAAACAAUGCGAGAUCUUCGCCGCCACUUCAGCUGCACCUGCACCCGGUUUUAUACUGUUCUAUAUUUAUAGAUAUUACAAAUAAAUAUAGGUUAUUUUCAAUAUUAGAAAAAAUGUGCACAAGAAGAAUGUAAUAAAUUCACAAAUGCCAAUUCAACACUAAUUUCUUAAAGCUAGUGUUUAUUAUUAAUAUAUGUUAAUAUAGAAUUGUUUUAUACUUUUCAAUUAUGGACUUUCAUCAAGAAUUAUUGAUAAAUUUCGCGCCAAUUCUUUUAACACUUUGUUUUACAAUUGUUACUUUAUUGACAGUUUUUUAUAAACUAAAAGUUCGACAGCCUAUUAAAGCAAACUGUUGGUUUUGCAAUUGUAAUGUAUGUAUUUGGAAAGAUGAAGAGAAUUGGUGGCUUUGUCCAUUUUGUUCGCAGUAUAAUGGUUUUUCAAAGGAUGGAGAUUAUAAAUACCCCAUUCCAGAGCAAAGAGAAAUACCACACACUCCCAGAUUUUACACUGUUCGCAAUGCUUCUGAAGCUGAUUACAAAAACUAUCUUUGUACUUUGUGUAAUAGUAAUGAGGAAAUUAAAUUAUUAGAAUUUCGUAAAUUUGAGAAGACAAAUUCAAGACGAACUGAAAAUGAGAUACAAGACUUUAAACAAACUAUUGAGGAGAAAUAUCCAUUAUGUUUUAAAUGUAAACAGAUUGUAAAUCAAGUUUUACAAAAGCAAUCAGUAUGGCUGACACGAUAUAAAAUGAUGAUAUUUAAACAAAAACCUGUAAAAUUAUUUUUACAUAAUAGAUACAAAAUCGAAAAGAUUUCUCGAAUUCUACUAAUAAUUAUAGUAAUUACAAUCGUAUACAAUCAUACACUUUGGCAACUCUCUACUGUUGGUAUAUUGUUGCAAUUAGGAAUUUCUUUAAUGGAAUCUAAAUAUGACAAACAAGAAAUAUUUCUAAUAAUAUUGUGGAUAUCGAUAAGUAUUCUGUCAACCUUCAAUGAAUACAUUGCAAAGACUGAUUCCAUUAUUUUUUCUAUAUCACUAAACUGUAUUCUAAGACAUUGUAUUAUUGUCUUAGGAUCGAUCAUAGGAUUCAUGAAUGUAAAAACAACAAAAUCAUUUAGAAUGUCGAGAAAGAAAUUGACAUUUAAAAAGUUGGAUACUAGUUCAAACAACUCCGAGUCAGAUUGCACUUCAUCACCGGAGCAUUCAUUUUUGACUUCAUUUUCAUCACCGUCUAGGAAAGCACUAAAAGUGUCAAAUUCGUCAGACACUGCGCUGCGUACGAAUUCUUUAAAACUAGUGAAAAAUAAUCCAUCUCAUUUCAAUGAAUUUUCCAAUUCCAAUUGCAAUGGAAUGAAAAGUUUAGAAUUCAGUGACAGUAUACACAAUUUAAGUACACUAUCUUUAAAUCAAGGCUAUCAGGAAAAGUUGGGGAAAACGUCAAAUAUAUUCGAAACGAAAACAUACAGUUCGCCCAAUUCUGCAUUAUUCAGUAAAUAUAAUGCAGUGAGUAAGAAUAGUAAAAAGUCGAUUUUAACACCUUCGAGAUUAAAAUCCACAGCUACCUCUUGGAUGGGCGAUGGGUACUGGCAAGAUGGAGUGGAUCCCUCAUCAUUGUCAAGAUCAUCAAGUCAAAGUUCCUCACGUGAGACGCCUGUUUAUAAUGAUUUCGAUCAAUGUUCGAUUGUUUCGGGUAACGUGCAUUGUUGUUGCUCUUCACAUAAAUUAAGUCAAGUUUCUUUAAACGGUAAUUGUCGUUUUAACUCUUCAUUUAAUCGACCAGCAACUAUUACUUGCAAUCAAUUAACUGAUUUUACGCACAAUCAAACUUUAUUUAAUAAUUCUUCGCCAUUUAUACAUUUGCAAGGAAGCAAUUCUGCAGUCCACGAUCAAUGUAUGAAACCAAUUUAUACUGGACACACUACUGUGAUAACAAGCCCUUUUUGGCUACCAUUAUUUUUGUGUUAUUGUACCUUAAUAAUUAAUAUUAUAAUACUAUGCGUAGUAUUAUUGCGUUAAUGACAAUAAUUUUAUAAUCAGAGUGAAAUUGCAUUGUCAUCAUUUCUUUCUUACAUCUUACUUUAUUUUAUAAAAUUUUUGUUAAAAAUCUCUAAUAUUCUAAUGUGAUUCACCAGUUUUUGUACAUUUUUUAAAUCACUGGAAUAUUAGUUUUUGAAUUUAAUGAAAAAAGAAUUAAAUUUCAAAUUUGUUUCAUUAUUUUUUUUAAAUUACAAUAUAAUUUUUCUUUUCUUAAUUUCCUUUUUGUUAUAGAACAAAUGUAUAAUUAAUUUAAAAUAUUUUUUAUUAAAACUACUUUCACAAAGUCAACAAAGUGAACAAAGUUAACAAAGUUUACCGCAAAGUUCAAAAGACAUUAUUUGUUAUAAGCUCUAAACUUAGUUUGUCUUUUAACAAAUUUUUAGAUUUUAUAGAAAUUUAGUUUUUUGUUUCUCAAUUAUUAUUAUUAUUAUAAUUUUAUUUCUUUAAGUAAUAUUAUUAUUAAUCAAGGACAUUGAGAUUUUUUUGUCUCUAAUUUGAAAGCGU